AUGGUGGUCGACGACCUAGAUGAUUCAAGAUACGAUGAUUUGGAAAGAAGGAUGAAUAGUCACAAAAGGAAGCUGCAGGCCGGAAUGCUUACCAAUGUUAUAAACUACUUAAGCGCCGGUUGGACGAGCGUCAAGCCGGGAGGAGGUUCACGGUGUGCGUCUGGGCGAGGUCCCGGGGCGGCUGCCGAUAUAAUAUUCAAAGCCUCCCGAAAAAAAGAUGGAGGAUCCGGUGCAAAGUCUGAAAAUCGAAUGGUGAUCGAUGAGAGACAACGCUCGGAAUGCGUGCCGCUCGAGGCUGAAGUGUGA